GGAGCGGGGCCUCCCUCCCUCCCUCCCUCCCCGUCUCCCUCCCUCCUUCCCUCGCCGGCUGCCGCCGCCGGAGCGGAACCGAAAGCGAAGGCGGCGCCGGGCGGGCGGCUCCGGGGCUGCGGCCCCGCCGGCGGCAGCGGCAGCGGCAGCGGCGCGGCCCCAGGUCUGGGGACCCGAUUUCCACCGCGACGGCGAUAGGCAGCCGAGGCCGCGCGGGAUAGACCCCGGCCCGUGGCUCGGCGCGGCAGGAGGGAGUGACGCGGGGCCGGAUCCUGCACCCGCCGCCUGCCGCCCGGCCCCCAUGGCGCCUUCCCGGCGCCCGCCCCGUGCCGCCCCGCGUCCCCGGCAGCUCGCUCGCCCGGCGCCCGCCCUGCCCUGACGCCCGCCAUGGAGGAGCCCCACGGCGCCGGGGGGCCCGAGGAGCCGCGGGAGCCGCGGGCCAAGCUGAGCCUCUCCGGCCGCAAGCUCUCGCUGCAGGAGCGCCCGCGGCCCGCCCGCUCGCCCGGCGCCGCCGAGGCCGCCCCGGAGCGCUUCAUCUACCCCUCGCUGCCCUACUCGCCGGUGACGUCCCCGCACGCCUCCCCGCGCCUGCCCCGCCGCCCCACCGUGGAGUCCAACCGCGUCUCCAUCACCGGCUUGCAGGACUGCGUGCAGCUCAACCAGUACAAGCUCAAGGACGAGAUCGGCAAGGGCUCCUACGGGGUGGUGAAGCUGGCCUACAACGAGGACGACAACACCUACUACGCCAUGAAGGUCCUCUCCAAGAAGAAGCUGAUGAGGCAGGCGGGCUUCCCCCGCCGCCCGCCUCCCCGGGGCGCCAAGGCCGCCCCCGAGGGCUGCGUGCAGCCCAAGGGCCCCAUCGAGCAGGUCUACCAGGAGAUCGCCAUCCUGAAGAAGCUGGACCACCCCAACGUGGUGAAGCUGGUGGAGGUGCUGGAUGACCCCAGCGAGGACCAUCUCUACAUGGUGUUUGAGCUGGUGAAGCAAGGACCCGUGAUGGAAAUCCCAACCUUGAAACCCCUCACCGAAGAUAAGGCUCGGUUCUACUUCCAGGACCUCAUCAAGGGCAUCGAAUACUUGCACUACCAGAAGAUCAUCCACCGGGACAUCAAGCCUUCCAACCUCCUCGUGGGGGAAGACGGGCACGUCAAGAUCGCCGACUUCGGCGUGAGCAACGAGUUCAAGGGCGCUGACGCCCUGCUCACCAACACGGUGGGCACCCCGGCGUUCAUGGCCCCAGAGACGCUCUCGGAAACCAGGAAAAUCUUCUCCGGGAAGGCUUUGGAUGUCUGGGCCAUGGGAAUCACACUCUACUGCUUCGUCUUUGGGCAGUGUCCUUUUAUGGAUGAGAGGAUCCUGAGUUUGCACAAUAAAAUCAAGACCCAAACCCUGGAGUUCCCAGACCAGCCCGAAGUCACGGACUUCUUGAAGGACCUGAUUACGCGGAUGCUGGAUAAGAACCCCGAAUCGAGGAUUUCGGUCCCAGAAAUCAAGGAAAGUACUGUGCAACAGCCUUUCGCAGGAGAUUUCUGGUCCUCCGCCCCUGCGGGACCCUGGAAGGGGCGAGACGCUGAGAAAAUGGAGACGAAGUUGCACCCCUGGGCGACCAAGAACGGCGCGGAGCUGCUGCCCACGGAGGACGAGAACUGCACGCUGGUCGAGGUGACGGAGGAGGAGGUGGAGAACUCGGUCAAGCACAUCCCCAGCCUGGCCACCGUGAUCCUGGUUAAAACGAUGAUCCGGAAGCGAUCGUUCGGGAAUCCCUUCGAGGGCAGCAAGCGAGAGGAGCGGUCGCUGUCCGCGCCAGGGAACCUGCUGGCCAGGAAGCAAGGCAGCGAAGACAACCUGAGGUGCAACGACCUGCCCAACGUGGGAGAGGAGGAGGUGCUCUCGUGAGCAGCGGCGCCGUGGUCCUGUCGAGCGGCGUGGCCUGGGGCGCCGUGCCCGGCGUGCGGCUGGCCGAGGAGGACGGCUGCCAACAGAGCCUCCCCCAAACGCAGCAUGACCUGGCGCUACUGCCGUGUAGUGCUGGCUGUAGAGCUUCCGUAGCAGCAUGUUGUGAGACAUCCGACUCCAGUACUUGUCAUAAACAUUGAACAUCUCCGAUUGCUUGGACUGCUGACUUGUUGUGG